AUGGUUACGAAGAAUCGAAUUUGGGCAGGGAAAUGUAUGAUGGCGGCGACCGCGAUCAUGUCGCAGAGUAAUGGACUUCAAUUAAAGAAAAAAGAAGACAUUAAUAAUAAAGAGAAUCUUUGGUCUUCAAUUUUAGCUGAAGUACAAAAUAGUGGAAACAACAAAUUGCCCUCGAAUAAGAAUGUGCUGGUUUUAGGUGACAAUGAAAGUGGUAAGACAACUCUUAUUGCCAAAUUGCAAGGUGUUGAGGAUCCUAAAAAGGGAUCUGGGUUAGAGUUUGCUUAUAUCGAUGUCCGAGACGACUACAGAGAUGAUCAAACUAGGCUAUCUGUAUGGGUAUUAGACGGUGAUCCGGGUCAUGCAAAUCUUCUUAAAUAUGCAUUGAACGCUGAAAAAUUUCCCCAUACUUUAGUUAUGUUAGUAGCUGCUAUGACAACACCAUGGGCUCUUCUCGACCAAUUACAAUCUUGGGCAGCACUUCUUGGUGACCAUAUCGAUAAAUUGCCGCUAGAUAAUGAUACAAGACAAAAAUGUAGACAAUUAAAUGUGAAAAAGUGGCAAGAUUACACGGAACCUGGAGAUGAAUUAGAUCCAGGCAGUCCAUUAAGACGCACAAGCCGUAAUUUAGAUGAUGAUGCGGACAAUCUACCAUUACCUGAAGGUGUACUCACUACUAAUUUAGGAUUAGACGUUGUUGUUGUAAUUACAAAGACAGAUUAUAUGUCAACGCUUGAGAAAGAGCAUGAUUACAAAGACGAGCACUUUGAUUUUAUGCAACAAUGGAUCAGGAGAUUUUGUCUGCAAUAUGGAGCCGGGUUAUUUUAUUGUUCUGCUAAAGAAGAUAAAAAUUGCGACUUGUUGUAUAAAUACCUCACCCAUAGAAUUUAUAAUCUACCUUUUAGGACACCUGCAUUAGUUGUAGAAAAGGACGCUGUGCUAAUACCUGCUGGCUGGGAUAACAUUAAAAAAAUUGCUAUACUCCAUGAGAAUUUACAGUCAAUGAAACCGGAUGAUUAUUAUCGUGACGUUAUCGCUCAGCCAUCUGUUAAUAGAAAGUGUGUAGCACGUGAAGUCGAAAUAGUUGCAGAAGACGAGCAAGCCUUCUUGGCUAGACAGCAGGCAACGUUGUCUGGUCUAAGAGAUCCUUCUCGAUCACCCACAACUCGAAAUCAGGCAAGCACUGGACCUCACAUACAGGUACCGUCGCCUAAUAAAAAACUUGACGCUAAAGGAGCAAGUGCCACACCAUCAGGCGAAGGUGUAUUAGCAAACUUUUUCAAUUCUUUAUUAUACAAAAAGACUGGCGCGUCCCCGGGUGGUCCAGGUACCAACACACCUGGAAGUUCUGGUAGUAGUCCCAUAAAAAUUGAUGGUGGACCAGUCGAUAAAGCUGCGAUGCGCAAUGAUGCAGCCGCUGAACUAGAUCGUAUUACUCGGGAUAAAACAAGAGAUAAAAAAUCACUGUCGUCAGAGCAUAAAUCAUCAUCGUCGGACCAUAACUCAUCUUCGGAAUGUUAA